AUAAAUAAUUUCGUUGAUAAAAUAGUUACAAUAACAGAUUCAAUUAAUAAAAAAAAUGUUACUAUUAUAAAUAGUAGAACGGAAUUUAAUUUACGAGAAAAGUACUAUGGAGAAUACAUAAAUAAUAAGUCUGAAAUGAAUUUUGUCGAUUUUGUUCGAGAAAAGCUAUAUCAUUUUUGUUCAGAAACCAUCAAUACCUUUUAUUUAAAAAUUGGAUUCAAUCAGUUACUUAAUCCUAAUAUAGCUGAGCUCACACCUCCUCGAAACUACUUUUAUCAUAAUAGAGCAAUUAACAUACUAAAUACUUUGUUCCGUGAAGGAGAUUGGAAGCUGUUAAAUCAUGUAAAAAUAAUAAUUGAUGAUGAAAUUAUCACUACUAAUCGAAUUACUCGAGACAAUGUAGAUGAUUUUAAUUUUAAUCUAAAAAAAAAGUAUUUUUUUCAACUAAUAAGGUGCAGAUAUACCGAAGUAUUGAAAAAGUAUAACAUUUAUAUGUCUGCUAUAAUACAAAUAUGCAGAUAUGAAAAGAUUAUAAAAUAUAUAUAUGGCUAUGUAGAUUGUAUUAUUCAAUUUAAUGAUGCCAUUAAAGAUUCAAAAGAAAUGUUUAAUUAUAUGUUGUUAGCUUUAGAUAAAUUAAAAGCUGCAUUUAUUGGGAAUGUGAUGUAUAAAUCACAUGCAUGUUUAACAACAACCUAUGGUUUAUUAAGUAAUUUCUUUCCUAAAAUCGAUCAGCUUAAUUUUAGGAAAAAUGAUUUUAUUAAUCUAUCUUUCAAGGAACAAGAAAUGAUUGUUGAUAAAUUUAUAUUUGAUUUUCAAAAUGCUCGAAUAAAUUUUAGUCGGCCACUUACGGACACACGUAAUCCUGUUAAUGAAUGUUGCUUGAUUGAUGGUGAAAUUUUAAACAAAAGUCAAUUAAUAAAUUCAUGGGAGUAUAUUAUAUCAUCAUCUAAUAAUAACAUCACACUCGAACGUCCAUUACGUUUGUAUGAAUACGCUUUGGAAAAAUUUAAGACGUUUUUUAAUAUUGCUAUUAAAAGUGAAUACAACUGUUUAGGUUUCAAUAAAAUAACUAUUAACAAUUGAGGAAAGUUUUAUAUUUAUCUUUUUUUUAUAUUAAUGAUCAUGAUAAAACUUUCAAUCGCUUUUUAUUAAUUUAAUAAUUAAAUUAAAACAAUUAUUGUUUUAUU